AGGAAAUCGAAGAGCAAUGCCGCGGUGAUAUUCAAGAUCGAUACCGCGGCGUUGAGGGUCGUGCUUGACGAGCAGCUCGACGACGUGCCGAUCGAGGACAUCGCGCAGGCCCUCCCCGACACGACGCCGCGGUUCCUCGUCGUCUCGUCCGAGCUGAGGCAUGGCGAUGGGCGGAUAAGUUAUCCCAUGUUCGGGUUGUAUUAUAACCCCGGCGGCGCGAGCACGGCGAACCGGAUGCUGUAUGCGAGCACGAAGAAUUAUCUGUACCAGGAGUGUGAUGUUACGGGGAAGAUCUUUGACCUAACAGACUCGGAGGAACUGACAGAGGAGUGGCUGAACCAGCAGUUGAUCGAGUCCAAGACCCGGCCAUGA